CAACUUCACACCACCAUACAUACUGCCAGCUCUGGGGCUUCUAGGAUUGCAGCCAACCGUGCUGAGAUCGGUUUUGUCAGCUUGCAUUUGCAGACAACCCCCCUUCCAAUGGCAACUGUAAUCGGUGGGGCGUCAUGCCGCCGAGCAGCGCUUAGUGAGCAGCUCGUCUCACGGAUUCUGAGCCAGCUCACGCUGGCGGCAGCGGCACCCACGGCGAACAGGACUGUGCUGUCAAAACUCAAUGCAUGUCAAACGUGCCGGUCGAGGCCACUCGAGGGGCGGCGGUACGCUUCGUCAAGCUCGCAAUGGAAGUCCCGCCAGAGCAAGGACCGCUUUGCCCGGCAGGCCAAGGUGCAGGGCAUGAAGAGCAGGGCGGCGUGGAAGCUGAUGGAGAUGAACGAUAAAUACAGCCUCUUCCGCCGCAACCAGACCGUCGUCGACCUGGGCUACGCGCCGGGGUCCUGGUCGCAGGUGGCAAAGGACGCCACCGGGCCCAACGGCGUGGUCGUGGGCAUCGACCUCAUCCCCGCGCAGCCGCCGAGGGGCGUGACCAGCAUCCAGGGGGACUUCCUCAGCCCGCGGGUGAGGGCCCUGGUCAAGCAUGUCCUCGCAGAGCAGGUCAAGCGGAGGGACAGGGAGAGGCAGGAGCGGCGAGAGCUGGAGGCCGCCUCUUCGGCUCCCGAGCCGGCCCAUGGUGAGGACGGGGCUGCCGAGGGGAGCAUCGUGUCGGACCAGCCUAGCUAUAUCGACCAGGAGAAGCAGGCAACCCAGGACAUCGAGGAGGUCACGGGCGCUGGGGAGGACGAGGGGGCACAGAAGAUGGUGGAUUUGGUAAUCAGCGACAUGUCAGAACCCUGGCCCCAGACGAGCGGCUUCUCGAGCAGGACGCUAAGCAACCCUCACAGGUUGAUGAACACGAGCGGGAUCAACUUCAAGGACCACGCCGGCAGCAUGGACCUCUGCUAUGCCGCCCUGACUUUCGCCUCGGACACGCUCAAGAUAGGGGGCCACUUCGUCUGCAAGUUCUACCAGGGGGCUGAGGAUAAGGCUCUCCAGAAGACGCUGGAGAAGAUGUUCACAAAGGUCCACCGGGAGAAGCCCGAGUCGUCACGGAGUGACUCGAAGGAAGCAUAUUUUGUCGCUCUGAAACGACUGGACGUCCAACUUGUCGACGAAGCGAGCUGAGCGGCGCGCGGACGGACCUGAAUCACAGUCGCGCUGCACUCUGGCGGCUCCCACGGGAGAUACAAGCUCGAUUGCAAGGCAAGGCAGCAGAUGGAGCAUGUUGGACCGUUGAGCAGCUUAAACGCCAGGCUUUCCUCGAAAUUGGCGCUGCCAUUGUGACAGCCAUUGAGACAGGAGUCAAUGAAGUCGACUUCGCGUCUAUGUGGCUCAAUACAUGUCCACUUUCUGCCAAUAAAUCGAAUAAUUUGUUGCAUCUGCUGCUAUUAUUUGAUUUCUGGAAAGAAAGCUGAUCUAGCGAAGCGUAUCAUCCUGGGCAGGUGUCCCAGGAUGAAGAUGCUGUCAUGAUGGGAAUCUAGAUAUUCGCGCUACAGACACCCGCCGGAAUAGAGGCUAGAGGACAUCAAUGAUCAAGUCAAUUUUUUGAA